AUGUCCAAUACAUCGUUAUAUUCAUUUCGUUUUGAACAUACUGAAAUCGAAAUUCCAUAUACGGAUAUUAUAUUUCAUAUCUAUCCACCAUGGACUUAUAUUAUAAGUUUUGGAUCUUGCUUAUUAUAUUUAUUCCUCAUUAGUAUUGUUUUUCCAUUGUUAACAUCAAUGUUAUCAUCGAAAGUUCAACAUUUAUUAGGAAAAAUUCAUCAUGUACUAUUAUUCAUAUAUUCGUUAUUUUCGUUUAGUAUUACUUUAUUCUAUGUAACAAAAGCAAAAGAAAUGACAAAUUGGUCAAAUUAUCUUUGUUUUCCAAUACCUCCUUGGCUUCGUAUAGUAUCGAUGACGUUUACCAUUUCGAAAAUAUGGGAAUGGUUCGAUACAGCUAUUCUAAUAUCAAAAGGACAGUCUUUGAAAAAAAUUGGAUUUCUCCAUAUUUAUCAUCAUGCAACAACAUUUUUAUUAUUUCUAUGUGUGAUGAAUUUCCCUGGUGGAGAAAAAAGUGGAAUGCUAUUAAAUGGUUUUGUUCAUACACUCAUGUAUUAUNGCUCGUGA